AUGUAUGUAAUUGUUACAGGUCACAGCCCUAUAAUCUUGUCGGACAAAAUCCCAGUGCAUCCAGAACUCAGACCGGUACCACUAGGAGAUCCCUUAAUUAUAGAUCUGGACUCCAUAAUACUUGCAGAGAAAGUACCUUUGGAUCCACAUGAUGUUGAUACAAAGCCUGUAGUUUAUGAGGAUCGUGUCGUUGGUGGAAGGGAAGCAGAUAUAGAAGACCAUCCCUAUCAAGUGUCUUUUAUCGUGAACAAUUCUUAUUUCUGUGGAGGCAUCAUUAUCAGUGAGAAUUAUAUUUUGACUGCUGCUCAUUGUGCUCAAAAUGUCGACCCCGCUACUGUAGUGUUGCGCGCCGGCAGUUCCUUCCGUAAGAACGGAACGGUCAUUCCUAUAGUUGAAGUGACUCCGCAUCCAGAAUAUGACAAUCCAGCUUUCGAUAAAGAUGUCGCCGUGAUGAAGACUGCUGCGCCUUUAGAGUUCAACGAAAGAGUCCAGGCGAUAGGUCUGCCGGAUCUUGAAGAACCCGUGGAUGACUCGGGGCUGGUAUUGGUCAGCGGGUGGGGGCGUACGCAACAAGGCGCUCCAACAAUACCUGAACGUCUGAUGGAGGCUGAGUUACCAGUGGUCUCUCAUUUCCGAUGCAUGCUGGUCUACUACAGCGUUUUGACUAAGAAUAUGCUCUGCGCUGGCAAUUUCUUCUUAGGGGGGAAAGGAACCUGUCAGGGUGAUUCUGGAGGUCCAGCUGUGCAGAACGGUAAAGUGGUGGGAAUCACCUCAUUUGGCAGAGGUUGUGCACAGCCGCUGUCUCCAAGUGUGUUCGCCAAAAUAUCAGCUCCGACAAUUAGAAAUUUCAUUACAGAACAUACGGGUCUUUAA